AACAGAGCCCAAAUAAGCCACAAAAAUCUCUCUUUAUCUCUCUCACUUUCUCUUUCUCUCUAUAUCUCUUACACAAACUUAAUUCUAAUGGCUCAGAGAACUCUUAUCGAAGCUACUUUUCUAUUCUUCUUCUUCUUCUUGGCUAAUUUUGCAUGUUGCAAAGAGAUUCUCGUUGGAGGCAAAACCAGCGCCUGGAAAAUCCCUUCUUCGCCUUCCGAGUCCCUAAACAAAUGGGCUGAGAGUUUACGGUUUCACGUCGGCGAUUCUCUCGUGUGGAAGUACGAUGGGGAAAAGGACUCGGUUUUGCAAGUGACUAAAGAAGCAUACAUUAACUGUAACACCACAAACCCAGCAGCUAAUUACAGCAAUGGAGACACCAAAGUGAAGCUAGAGAGAUCUGGUCCUUACUUCUUCAUCAGCGGCUCCAAAAGCAAUUGUGUUGAAGGUGAGAAGCUUCACAUUGUCGUCAUGUCCUCUCGUGGUGGCCACACCGGUGGUUUCUUUACCGGCUCUGCUCCUUCUCCCGCACCUUCUCCGGCUUUGGGAGCUCCUGCUGUUGCUCCUGCCACUGGUGCUGCUGCUUCUCUGACUCGCCAAGUUGGGGUUUUGGGAUUUGUUGGAUUAUUAGGGGUUGUUUUGCUCUGAUUUUAACCUGCUUUGUUCAAAUUCUCUCUCUGCUAUUUGAUUCUUUGAUCCACAAGAUUUGUUGAA